UUGGCUUAAGUCGUGGCCAUUCGAAAGAGACGGUUCGUGUUUAGUUUUUACUCUUUAUAACUCUUGCCAUAACGGUGUUGUUGGCUUAUUUAUUAAACGUUUAAUAGUUUGGACCGAAAACGAAAGCUGUUAGUUAGUCAGUCUCGUUCGUCUUAUUUAGUUAGUUAGUUUGUUAAUCAAUCGUUAACCGGUUGAGAAGAAAAAUCUUCUUUUGAUCGUAAGAAAAAAAAUAUAAUAAUAAAAAUCAUAAACGCACGUAAUACGGUGGAAUGUUUUGAGUGUGCAUGACUGAUGCUGUGCUGUUUCCAUUCAAAUGUAAAUUAACUUGACUAAGAAGUGUCUAUUAUUAGCCACGGUCGCGGUCAGCCUAAAGAGAUUAAUCUUUUGAAUUAAAAUUAAGAAAAAACAUCUUUUUUAUAUUGUGUAUUGGAAAUUAUCAUAAUUUAAAUAUUAAGGGAAUUUUAAUGGAAAAAAAAUUAUUAAAAAAAUGAAACAGAAAUGUGUUGCUUAAUAUGAUUUUCACCUGCUGAGCCAUUUAAGUUAUAAUAACCCUCAAAGUAUCCAACAAAUCCCUCCAUUGAUCUACACCAGACUUAAAGAGACAAUUUACCGCCAAUCAAAAAGCUGCAGCUUUAAAAAAAACAGACGUUUUUUUUAACUUUGAUUUUGCAUUAAAAGGCUCAUUUAAAUACUUAUUACAAAAACAUCAACACAAUUGAUAACAAAAAACCUCUUGAAAAAAACAGCAACAACAACAAAACACCUCUUGCAACACUUCAAGAAUUAAAUAAAAAACAAAAUAUUGCAUUUGCGCAUGCGCAACAUACUACGUUUAUAGUUUUUUGUGAAUAAUGAUGGUAAAAUCGCAUACAAACAGUCAUCGUCAUACUUCUUCGGUCACGGUGAAUUGAAUAUUUGAAUAAUAUAUUGCAGCUUUGGAUUAUUUGCCAAAUGGCCAGAUACUUUUCGGAUCUAAAUGAAAAAUGAAGGUGUUGUUUUGUUGUUGUUGUAGUCACAGGAUGCUAAAAGGUGCUUUUCAACGCCAAGAAGCUCGUUUAGCUGAUGAAUAAUGAUGAUCAUGAUGUAAAUGUGGCCGCAUAUGAAGAAUGAUCACAAUCAUGAGCAAGUUUCUGGUCGUUGUUGUUACUACUACUACUCUUGAGAAUGAUGAUGAUGAUUUAUGCAAAUUCCCCCAAUAGGCAUUGUAUUCUUUCUUAAGAGACUCUUAAAAUCAAAGUGUUGUCAAGUGUCUGAAGUUUGACUUUGGCUGCGAGUGAAUGAGUGAGUGAGUGUGUGUUCCACACUCAGUGUGUUAUAAUUUCCAUAACAACUUAAUUCAUUACCCAAGCAUCCAGGCAAAUAAACCGAAAAAUAAAAAAAUUGUUUGGAACACCAUGCCGUGAACAGAUCUUAAUGAAACCUUUAACAAAUGUGUGAAAAAAAUUUAUAAUAAAAAAAAAAUCAUUUUAACAAAAAGUAACAAAAAUCAAAAAAAGUGCGUGUUAAGCCAAAUACAAAACAUAAUUUAUUGUAAAAAAAAAAUUAAAAAGCCUAAAGCCCUUAAACAGCCACUUAUAUAACCGUUAAUUUACCACAAUAAUUUAAUUAAUCUUGUCGUAAAAUAAAACGAAAACCUUUAAAAUAAUAAUAAAUAUUUAUUGAAAAUUUUAAAUGAAAUAUUAUCAAGUGUCAAAAUCAAAAUUAUUCUCAUUGUUAUCGAUCAGCAUAAUAUGAGACAACGACGCACGAGCACUGUCAAGACAUGUGGUAUAAACGUAAUAAGCUCUUGAUAUUUUUACUUUGGAUAAUGAAAAUAAGAUUAGUAUCCAGUUUUACAUCAUCACUUCUAUGUGCCCGUAUACCUGGCUUAACGCCCCAGCAAAGACAACUUUGCACUGAAUCUCCAGAUGCUUUGAUUGCCUUGGGCGAGGGUCAUCAAUUAGGCGCACAAGAAUGUCAAUAUCAAUUCAGAGGUCAUCGCUGGAAUUGUACACAAGUGUGGAAGAAAGAUGUGUUUGCACAUGUCAUGUUUGUGGGAUCUCGAGAAGCUGCCUUCACCUAUGCGAUAGCAAGUGCGGGAGCAGCUCAUGCAGUAACAGCGGCGUGUGCCAGAGGUAAUAUCUCGCUAUGUGGUUGUGAUGUCCGUCACAAGCCCACAUCGCGUAAAGGUUCACAGGCUGGUUUCGAUAGUGCACCUGGUGAGGCGCAACAGCCCUGGAAAUGGGGCGGAUGUUCGGCGGACAUAGAAUUUGGUAUGAAAUUUGCACGCAAAUUUCUUGAUGCCCGCGAAAUUGAGGGAGAUGCCAGAAGUUUAAUGAAUUUACACAAUAAUCGAGCAGGAAGAAGGCUGGUAAAAAAUCUUUUAAAAACAGAUUGUAAAUGUCAUGGUGUCUCGGGGUCUUGUGUUAUGAAGACCUGCUGGAAAAGUUUACCCUCAUUUCGUGUAGUGGGUGAUGUUUUGAUGAAAAAAUACACUAAAGCCAAAAUUGUUCAAGCCGCCAAAGGCAAAAAUGGACUGAAAUUAGUUUUAAGCAAAAAAAAUCGUGCCGGCAAGGUUAUGAAUUUUCCCAAACGCAUGGAUUUGGUUUAUUUGCAAACGUCACCCAAUUACUGUGAACGCAAUAUGCUGGAAGGUGUACAGGGUACUCAGGGUCGUGUUUGUAAUCGCACCUUGCAUGGACCUCAAAGCUGUGAUUUACUUUGUUGUGGGCGUGGCUAUAAUACACACUCCAUACGACGCACCACCCAGUGUCGUUGUCAAUUCAAAUGGUGCUGUCAAGUACAAUGUGAUGUCUGUGAAGAGAAUUACGAAGAAUUCACUUGUAAAUAAAACCACUUAAAUAUAAAUAUAUAAAAUAAAAUUUAAUUUUUUUAAUUAUUUGCACAAAAUUAAUUCAAUUUAUAUGUAAUUUUGGUUGUAAUUAUUUGUGUGUAUGUACUUAUUUUACUUAAUUAUUAUUUCACUAUUAUUACGUUUAUAUUAUUAUUAUUAGAUGUAGUUUUUUUCUAAAUGAAGCUAUUGUUGUUUAUAAGUUCGAAAUAGUUUAAUGAAAUUUUAACUUAUUUUUUUUAUAAUUAGUUUUUAUAUUAGAUAUUGCAACAAAAGAAAAAAAAAACAAAAAGAUAACGAAUAAUUAAUACGAAUGUAAAAAUAUAAAAAA